UUUUCAUAAAGUAAACAAAGUAGACAUAAAUUACAAAAGUCUUUUCGAACUGUGAAAAAGCUAUAAUAAAUCAGUGAAAUCUGUCUUCAUAUAACUGUUGUGAAAUGGCUACCGAUAAAAGUAUCCUAUACUUAUUAACUACCCAAUACGCCAUUGAACAUUUAUUUGAUUCAAGAACUGAUGACGAAUAUUCAGAUGAAGAUGAAGAAUGCAUUGGUGUUCUUAAUUCCAUUGUAUUAGAAAGACAUCCAAGACAAGUUGGUUAUCUAAAUGUCAUAUCGUUAUACUCUGAUAAUGACUUUUUUAGGCAUUUCAGAGUAACUCGGUGUACUUUCCUUUAUGUAUUGUCUUAUCUACAAGAUCAAGAUUUUCGAAGUGAAAUUACUUUUCAUGGGGGGUGUGAACCAAUGACUUUUCAUGAGAUACUUUAUAUAAAUUUACAAUACUUGGGUAAUCAAGGGGCAAUUAGAUUGCUUGCAGACAAGUUCAAUCGGACCGAAUCCUCAAUUUGGAAAGCCGUAGGUGAAUUUUGUAACUUCAUGUUUAAAAAACAAGGGGAUUUCAUUAAAUGGCCAACUAGGCAGGAAAUCCCAGCCGUUUCCAGACAAUUUCGCAAUAAGGCAAGAUUUCCUGGGGUGGUUUCUGCUCUAGAUGGUUGUCAUAUUCCGUUCCACCCAAAAUCCCCAAAUAAGACACCUUACCGCAACUACAAAAAGUUCCAUAGUUUUAAUCUGAUGGCUGCAGCUCUUCCUAAUCGCUCCUUUUCCUACGUUUUUUGUGGUUUCCCUGGUAGCGUGCAUGUCUCUACAGUUUUUCAAAACUCAUCACUUUUUCAAAAACUAGAGACUGCAUGUAAUGAUUUAUUCGACCCAAGAACAUAUCACAUCAUUGCAGAUUCCGCCUUCGGAUUAAAGGAAUGGCUUAUAACACCAUUCAAAAAGAUAAACGGACAACAUCUCUCUCAAGCAAAGAAAUUAUUCAAUAGGAAAUUAUCAAGUACUCGUAUGGUAAUUGAACUCAUUUUUGGGGAUUUGAAAAACAGAUUUAAGCGAUGCACGGACAUAAACACCAGUAUUGAGCUUGGGGUGGACAUUGUUGUUACUUGUUGCGUUUUGCACAACAUCUGCAUCCAACAAGGGGACUUGUACUAUGGUGGAAAUUUAGAUCCUAAUGACCUGCAUUGCAAUGUGAAUCUAAAUGUUAACCAUGCUGAUUUCAGAAAUAAUCGUGUUGCAGAAAGAAAACGGCAAGUAAUUUGUUACAAACAAGAAUGCCUGUUAUAGCGUUUCGCAGACGUCGUGUAUGAAAUUAUCUGU